UGAGAAGGAGGAGGAGGUCCUAUCACAGGUUGUCCACCUGACAAAGACGAGACGCUUCUUUAUACCAAGAGCACCUUUCCGAAUCCAGGCAAUGGUUACCCACCCAGAUGGCACACCUGUUCCCAAGGCACCCAUCAAGGUCUCGAUACUUAUCUCCGAGAAGGUGUCCAUAGAGAAAUCUAAACAAGGAUUUACGGACGAACUUGGCGAGAUGAGCAUUUCCUUCGUUGUUCCAGAAGAUGCCAGAGAGAUGUAUGUAACGGCCAGUGUCAACGACACCCGUGGCAAUGAAGUGAAGAGUGAGAUCGCCAUCAAGGCCCAUCAGAGUAACCAGCUCUACAUGCAUAUCGAUGUGCCCAAUGUCCUACUGUACGCUGGAGACAUCAUUAACGUCACACUGACAGAUCUGGGCCCGACUAACAGCAGCUCAGUCGAACAUUAUUACUACAUGAUCCUGAGCAAAGGAAAGCUGCUCCACCACGAGAGAAUUGAGAGAUCGACCCACACGCACGUUCAGGUCAACAUCACGCAAGACAUGGUCCCGUAUUUCCGUAUGGUAGCCUAUUACGUCACAGACGUCCAUGGCCAAAGUCAUCUGGUCUCGGACUCAGUGCGGGUGGAGGUCGAGGAGUCCUGUGACCUUCAGAUGCAGAUUAUGCCCAACCUGGUGAUGGAAGAUAGCCGGAGCUACCUGCUCCUGAAUAUCUUCACCCACCGCUCAGCGGAUGUCCACGUGCAGGCGGUGGACAACAAACUGGCCAAAGCUCACGUAGACCUGGGGAUCUACGAGCAGGCUUUUUACCGGAAGGACCUUUAUGAUUUUGGCAUCUCUUACGGAGGAGGCCGGAACGCCGCGGCAGUGUUCGAGGAUGCGGGACUGCGUUACCUCUCCGAUCUGUUGCCCCUGUCGGAACUGAGCGAGGUGACGUCUGUUCCGUGGCACAGAAGUCAGCUGCAGACAUCGAGAUAUGAUCUGGAGGUGCAGCACCCUUUUCCUACCGUACAGCCCUUGUACAGGAAGUCCUGGAUGUGGGAAAUACAGAACACCACGGGGACAAAGACGUUUCGGUUAACAUCAACUAUCAGUCCACCAAAAGUGUGGGAGAUAUCUGCAUUUAGUGUUUCCGAAAACAAGGAAUUAUGCAUUUUCAGACCACUGCUGAUGAAGAUAAAUGAGGACUGAGAAGGUAUGAAGUUGACCAGGCAUGCGGACAAGGGGAGAAUUCUAAUGAGGAAUUCCAUUGAAGACGGAACCCUCUGUAUCUGAAUGCACGGAACUGCAGUUUCCACCACAAACUGGCUCACGCCAAAACCCUCUUUUUCAUCAGCAGUGACAACGCCACCAAGUGGCUUCACAAAAAGCUCAGCGGGACAGGCAGCAUCUCUGGAGAGAAGGAAUGGGUGAUGUUUCGGGACGAGACCCUUCUUCAGACUCUCGAGCCCAAUCGCCAUAAGUCAUAGGAGUAUAAUUAGGACAUUCAGCCCAUCAUGUCUACUCCGCCAUUCAACCAUGGCUGAUCUAUCUCUCCCUCCUAACCCCAUUCUCCUGCCUUCUCCCCAUAACUCCUGACACCCGCACUAAUCAAGAAUCUAUCUAUCUCUGCCUUAAAUAUAUCCA